CGCCGGGCCUCUGUCUCCUUCCUCUUCCUCCGCGGGGAGGCCGGGCUGCCGGCCGGCCGGGCCGGGACACGGGCCAUGUUCGACACAGGCAGCCCCUGCCCCCGGAGCAGCCCUAGCAGCUCUCCCUCCCUGCGAAAGCGUCUACUGCUGCCCCCACGGACCUCCCCUGAGCUCCCUGCAGAUGCCAUGGUGGAAAAGAGCACAGAGAGUGCCCCAGAUCGGGGCCCCUUGUCCGCCCCCGUCAACUACCCGCUGAGUGCCAGGAGUUUCAUCCGCAACAACAAGAAAGCGCAAAGCUGGUACAGCAUGCUGAGCCCCACGUACAAACAGCGCAAUGAGGAUUUCCGCAGGAUCUUCAAGGGGCUGCCGGAGAGCGAGCGGCUGCUUGUGGAUUACUCCUGUGCGCUGCAGCGCGACAUCCUACUCCAGGGGCGGCUCUACCUGUCCGAGAACUGGCUCUGCUUCUACAGCAACAUCUUCCGCUGGGAGACAGCAAUCUCUGUCCCGCUGCGGGAGGUGAAAUGCCUGAAGAAGGAGAAGAUGGCCAGGCUGAUUCCCAAUGCCAUCCAGGUCUGCACUGCGGCUGACAAGCAUUUCUUCACCUCAUUUGGAGCCCGUGAUCGCUGCUUCAUGCUGAUCUUCCGCCUGUGGCAGAAUGCACUGCUGAAGAAGACACUGUCUCCCCGGGAGCUCUGGCAUAUCGUCCACCAGGGCUACGGCGCUGAGCUUGGCCUCACCAGCGAGGACGAUGACUACGUCUGUCCUGUCCCGACUGACGAGCUCAAUGGCCUGGGGCCAGUCAGGGAGCUCAAUGACAUCAUGGAGCUGAGAGACCUGGCCUUGCCCUGCGCUGCUGACCUCAAGCUGGAGCCCAGCCCCACGUUGGCCAGGAGAGCCGCUAGUCAGAGCUUCCACUCGCUGGCCAGCAGCAGUGAUGGGGCAGCCUCACUGGCAGAGGACCCCGAAGAGAAUGUGGACAGCCAGGCGGAUACUGCCUCCAACUGCACAACAACACCGGUGCUGGAGCCCCUGAAGGCUGCGGUGCUGGGGGAGGGCCCGCUGCCUGCCCUGGGGGACCUGCUGCCUCAUGAGGAGCUCCCCACUGAUACCAGCAACUCCUCCUCCUCCUCCACGCAGGAUGAAGUGGAGGUGGACACCUUCUCAGACCUGCCCGGGCGACUGCUGCUGAACUGCGUCUAUUGCCUGGGGGCUGAGCAGCUGCAGCAGAUGCUCUUCAGCGACUCGCCGUUCAUGCAGAGUUUCCUGUGCCAGCGCAAGUUCACAGAUGUGACACUGACCUCAUGGAGUGGCAAGAGCAAAUGCCACCAGAGCCGUGUCCUCUCCUAUACCAUCCCCCUCAGCAACCCGCUGGGGCCUAAGGCAGCUGCUGUGGUGGAGACGCAGACCCUGUUCCGUGCCAGCCCCGAUAGCGGUGCCUGCGUGGUGGACUCGGAGGUGAUCACGCAGGGCAUCCCCUACCAGGACUACUUCUACACCGCCCACCGCUACUGCAUCAGCACGCUGGCCACAGGCACAGCCCCCGUCUCAGUCUCCUCCGAGAUCCGGUACCGGAAGCAGCCCUGGAACCUGGUGAGAGCCCUGAUUGAGAAGAACACAUGGAGUGGCAUGGAGGAGUACUUCCAGCACUUGGGGCUGGCGCUGGCAAGAGCAGAGAAGACGCUGCUGGAGGAGAGUGGCUGUGGGACGGAGCCGCGGGGGCUGCGCCGCAGGAAGCACACACUGAGCUGGAGGGCCCCCCAUGCUGAGCCCACCCUGGCCACGCUGCCCCCCAGCAAGACAGGGCCCUGCCCCCUGCGCCCCUCUGGCAGCCUGGCAGCCCAACUCUCCCAGCAGCUCGUGGAGCGGAGCCGGGGCCCCACUGUGUCCACCCUCAUCCUCAUCGUCAGCCUGGUGAUCUGUGUGAGCCUGCUGGUCCUAGUGGUUCUCAACGUGAUGCUGUUAUACCGGCUGUGGGCGCUGGAGCACACGGCCCGCGCCUUCCAGGCCUGGCAGGCUUCCACACUGGCCCGAGGGAAGCUGCCCCGGACAGCAGGCGAGUGGGCCGAGGUCCUGGAGCUGCAGCGGCGUUUCCAUGGUGCGGAGGUGCAGAAGUGGAGGCAGAUCCUGGAGGCCUCUGUGGAGCUGCUGGAUGAGAUGAAGGUCUCCCUGGAGAAGCUGCACCAGGGCAUCAUGAUGGCAGAACCAUCCCCGGAGCCAGGCCAGGCUGAUGCCAUUUCCUGAAGCUGCGCUGGCCUCUGGGGGCCAUGGGGGACUGAGCUGGAUCUGAGACUGCAGCUAGGUCAGCGCUGCCCGGACACCCCCUGUGGGCCGGCUCCCUCAGCCGGGUCAGCGCUGUUCAGCCAGCUCCCUCGACCGGCUCAGCACCGCCUGGAUGCCCCUUGUCGGCCAGGUCAGCACUGCUUGAUGCCCCCGUUCAGCUGGCUCCCUCAGCCAGGUCAGCACCGCCUGGACGCUCCUCAUCGGCCGGCUCCCUCGUUCGGGUCAGCGCCAUCCAGACACCUCCUGCAGGCCAGUUCCCUCCACCGGGUCAGCGCCGCCUGGAUGUCCCCGUUCAGCUGGCGCCCUUGGCUCUGGUCAGCGCUGCCUGGAUGCCUCCCUUCGGCUGGCUCCUUCGGCCAGGUCAGAACUGCCUGGACACCCCCCUUUGGCUGGCUCCCUCGGCCAGGUCAGAGCCGCCUGGACACCCCCCUUCGGCAGGCUCCCUUGGCCGGGUCAGCGCCGCCUGGAUGCCUCCCUUUGGCUGGCUCCCUCGGCCAGGUCAGAACUACCUGGACACCCCCCUUUGGCUGGCUCCCUUGGCCGGGUCAGAACUGCCUGGACACCCCCAUUCGGCAGUUCCCUUGGCCGGGUCAGUGCUGCCUGGAUGUCCCCUUUUGGCGGGCUCCCUCGGCCGAGUCAGUGUCGCCUGGACGCCCCCCUUCGGCUGGCUCCCUCGGCCGGGUCAGCGCCGCCUGGACACUUCCCAGGGUCUGUUUCUCCUGUUGGGUCAGCAGCACCUGGCCAUUGGCUGGUGUCAGCACUGGCUUGGGCUGCCCUGCUCUCCUGCCACCCCCCGGCGGAGCAGGUCUCUGUGGUGACAGCUAGGUGGAGGCCGCACCGUGGGACACAUGGAGGAUCCCCUGGGAUUGGCUCUGCCCCUCGCGGUCCGCCCACUGCCUGCAACCCAGGACAACGGUGGCUGGACUGCGGCUGCCAGCUGGGUACAGCCCACCAUGUCUGCUGCCUGGUGGCCUGUUGUGGCCUGGGGGAACCCAUCCAGUCUGGGCUAGGAAUUGACUUUCUAAGUGGUCUAGCUGCAUAGUGUUACAGUGGGGCGUGGCCAGGGCAGUUCCCCCGCCCCCUUACCUUGGAGCCAGGACUCCUGGGUCCUCUGCACUGGAGCAGGGCACCCUUGGGGCAAACUCUGUGCAGUGCAGGGGGCACUGCCCAUGGCUCUGCCUCCUUCCCGAAACACUCAGUUCCUGGAGGGCCCGGUGCUCACCAGGCACUGAGUCAUUGUCUCCUGGCCUGGGCCACUUGUCCUUCGACGCUGCUGGAAGGGGCUUGGUGUGUGUGUGAGCCUCCCAGCCAGCCUGAAUGCCAUCUGCUCCCUCAUCCUCAGUGUCAUGGGGCUCGCGCCCCCCCCACUAUUUAUUAGCUGAUUAAAAAGCGUGGCUGGUAUAGCGCCACCUAGGGUGA